AUGUUCUUUUUUUAUUAUUAUUUAUUGGCUUUUCAUUGUCUUCCUGAAAUUACUUUUAAGUCCCAUGGAAGUUUGAUAAAAGGUGAUAAAAUGGAAUUGAUGAGAAAAUGUGGCUGCGUGCUGGUUUUACUCAGCGUCUCCGCGUGCGCGUCAGAGCUUCUGGGCGACAUUUACGAGCCCAGAGGCCAGCAAAUAUGCAAGCGUGGCACUGAGAAGCCCUGCUAUAAAAUCGCCUAUUUUCAAGACACUCGGCGUAAACUCAACUUUGAAGAUGCGAGUCGAGCCUGCAGGAGUGAUGGUGGAGACCUUCUCAGUAUUGAGUCUAAGACUGAGCAGAGACUGAUAGAGACCUUCAUCCAUGAACUGAAAGCAUCAGAUGGAGACUUCUGGAUCGGGCUCCGUAGGGAUCAAGGCUAUGAGGAGAUAAACAGAGACUGUCCUUCUCAAUACUACUGGCUGGAUGGAAGCCGAGCAACCUUCAGGAACUGGCACUGGGAUGAGCCUUCUUGUGGGUUUGAGGUGUGUGUAGUGAUGUACCAUCAGCCCUCUGCUCCUCCAGGUCAGGGUGGACCUUACAUGUUCCAGUGGAAUGAUGACAAUUGUGAAACCAAAAACAACUUUAUCUGCAAGUACACCAAAGAUAAACCUCCAGCACCCGUUCCUGCAGAAAAUAGAACAUUUGAAGGUGCUCUUCCGACACCCAGAAUACCCCAAAACCCCUCUGUCACAGAGAAGGAUGAUGGCAUGAGGGUGGUCGUAUCUGAACCUCCAGACAACGUUCUUAACAUCGCUUACAUUGUGCUGCCAACCAUCCCACUUCUGCUGCUGUUGAUUGUGGCGACGAGUGUUUUCUGCUUUAAGCUGUUCACAAAGAGGAAGAAACAACAGACUGAGACCCCUCCAAAGGAGCCAGGAUACUGGGCCGCUGGAGAAAGAUGCAACAGCCCGAGCCCUGACGUCUAUAAUGUCAUCCGAAGGCAGCAUGAAUCAGACCUGACCGGCACACGGCCUGAUAUCAAGAACACUUCCUUCCUGGGUUCUUCUCCAGACACUCCACCUGGAGAUUACGACAACUUGGCAGGCCGGGACACUGAAAGUGGUUUUGUGACACUGGCCAGCACUGAGAGCAGCUUUGUGACCAACGAUUUGUAUGACACGCUGCAAGGCCGUGGAAGUGGGAGAUAUUACAGAGACCAGGGAUGGAUGGAUGAAUUAUAUGGCUACUGAUAUGAAAGGUGAACAUUAGCAUUUAACUGCAUAUUCUCCCGUAAAAAUGAUAAUAGCUGUUGAUGUCUUACCCGAGUAUUUCCUUGGUGCCAGAUAUCCAAUAUUAUCUAUAUUUCAGUAUAGGUUAUCAAAUCAGAAGGACGCUAGAGCUCAAAAGAGGCCUGGAUGUGUGUACCCUGUACUGUAUUGAAUGAAUGAGAGAGAUUGUUUUAUUUUAGUAUCAUUCAUAAACCUUUAGUUUGUUUCUGUUAAUAUAGUUUUCGUUAAUGUUUUGAAUUCGAUUUUUAUUUAUAUUUUCCAUUUCAUUUUAUUUUUUAUUUAAAGUUUUAGCAUUUUUUAGGGGGUUUUUAUCAAUAUAGUUUUUAAGUUUUAGUUUAUAGUUUUAGCUUAUUUAGUUAUAGUAUUUUAGUACUUAAACUAAACAAAAAUGAUGAUUGUUGCUUUGGCUGAGUUUUUUUAAUAUUUUGUUUCAGUUAGUGAUUACGUUAAGGUAAGUAGGCUACAUUUUUAUGGUUUUAAUUUUAUUUUCAAACUAUAAUAACCCUGAUUAGAGAAACUAAUACCCAGAUUUCUGCAGAUCUGCCAUUAAUUUACUCUCAGUCAGACUUUCAGUGCAACAACAUCUGAAGUUUGCAGGUCCCAUAUGAUUAUCAGAUGUAGUUUCUUUUUUGUUUGUUUGUUUGUUUUUUUAUUUUAGUUUUCAUAUGCUCCUAUGACACAUAAAAUAUCUAUAACAGUAAUACAGUAACACUUAGGAGUUUUGAAUGCAUCUUAAAGCCAAAUUCUGGAGGAUGAACACUCAAAGGUGGUACAAUGUUACAAACGAGCUGCUCAACAAAUCAGAAUGAGAUGCUCGGAUAGCUUGUUUUGCCCUCAAUGGUUGGUUUGCAUGACGCUGUUAUGCUGCUUUUACUGGAUGUGCUGUAUGGGGCUCAGUUAUGUGACAAUCUCUUGCAGACUGUGUUUUCCUGUGAAAUAAUGAAUGAUCAAACAUCCUUCAAGUUCUUAUAUGCAAAUAUCGGAAUGUGAAUGCGGUGAUGUGAAGCCUUAAUAAACAAAAAACAGAUGAA